CCGUCUGCGCUCGGCUCGCGCGACGCCGCAGUAGUGUUGUUGCAGUCGCUGCCGUCUGCUCUUCCGUUCAUCGACGUCGCACUCGACUCCAGCGACCUCCUCCUCCACCUGCACGGACAGCCAGAGCGUGUGUAUAGAUCUAGUGCGCUGUCCUGCGAACCCGAACCGCCCAGCUGGCCCACACAUUCACAACCAGACGCCCGCUAGCGACCCUCGUCCUCGGCGCCUGCAUCCAAUACGUCGCUCUCACGCCGCCGACACACACGACUCGAGCGCCGGUCUCUCCUCUGCUUCCGCCUGCGUGCCAUACCGACCCCGACCCCGACCCCGACCCCGACCCCGACCCCUCUUCGCCAUGUCCACCGCCGUGGCAACAGCACCGUCGACCACGCUCCCGCCCUCUGUUGAGCGUGUGUCACCGCGCCACUUCACAGCCAUUGCCCCUUCCGCCUCAACACCUACCUCGGCAUCCAUCCACGAGCCUGCCGCCAAACGAGCCCGAAGCAAUGCAUCGCCGAGUGACGAGAGCAGACCGAGAGUAGAGCGCUCCAAUUCGAAUGGCAAGAGCUCGCCGGUUUCGCGACCAAACGGGAUACCGCCCAUGAUCAAGGUGAAGAAGGAGCCGGGCUCACCAGCUCUGUCUUCAGCGCGACCACGACCAAAGAGGCUGGAUCUGUCCUCGAGCAUGUCCACAUCCGCCGGCCGUGCACCACAGACCUCACAAACCUCCGCCCCGCUCAGGUCUCGGGACUCUGCCGGCCUGCACAUCCAAGAUGUUGGCCUUGCUUGCUUAUCGCCUGGCUUUCAGACCAAUGAUCCGAGUAUGCGGGAACAGCUUCAGCGGAGUAUGGAUGUACGAGACCAGCAACGUAUGAUUAUCGAGGCGAGGCAGAAGGGUGGGAAAUCAUCGAGUGGGAACGACACAGCAGACGGACCACGAACACAAGAUAACACUCUUUUUGGCGUAUCGACUGGCAUGCGGACCCCGAGUACUUCGAAAAGAAAGGGACCACCCCCCGGCCUGUCAAUUGCCGCCCCGAAUGCUUCCCAAUUUGCCCACGACAGAGUGAUACAGUCGGCACCUCUACAUCAAACGUUCACUGGACUCCGACCUGGAGAAUAUCCCUCUUCACGUCAUGCUCAGCAUGGUCCGAGUGGCUUGAGUCAAACGAGUCAUAUACACCACCUUCCUGCCACACAAACGAACAACCGACUACCUCCAAUCUCGGACGUCUUCGCCAAUGAUCGACUCGACGCACCACGACACCCCAACAACAACUCACCUGGACAUUCAUCGCAUUCAAACGUCCCACCGCCUGUACCGUCACCUGGCUUCGCGCAACUAUCACACCAUCCUCCACUCAGCGCCCGAGAACGAUUCCGGUCGGCAGAGGAAGCAGUUCAAGGUCUGUCUGGAGGUCGGGAUGACUUGAUGCCAAAGGUAGUUCAUUAUGGAGGAGUGCAACCACCCACACCACCCUCUCCAAUGCCAGCAUCUGGACAUCAGCAAUCAGCAGGUGGCGCUCAGCAGGCUUCACAGCAUCACCGCGACUCCCGACCAGACAUUCUCGCCCGAACUCAAUCAAUGAAUGGGCGUAGACGAGCUCGAGAUGAGUACGAGCGUGACAAUGGCAGUCCACCAUCCGCCUACAACCGCUCCGAACCGAAACGAGCGACAUUUGCCGUGCGUGGAUCAGAUGACGAAGAAGAAGAAGACUGGCGAGCAAACAUGUCCAAUGCCGACAAGAGGGCCGAAUUUCUACGACUUUGUGAACGCGCAUGGGAUCUCUUCCACUCUUGAUCUAAUCUGCGCUACAUAUCAAGCGAUUCUCUGCCAUAUUCUUAGCACACGAUUGAAUGCUUUUACAUACGCGACGCCCUCAAAUCCCUGUUUUUUUCUUCUCGUUCAUCUGUCUUGGAAAGAGCAAGCAACACGACAUCAAUUUUUUUUUCCUGGCUGGCUGGAUGGGAUGGGAUGGGAUGGAUGGGAUGGGGUAUUUGCUGUUUUUUUUGGAGUGUUGUUGUUGUUGUUGCAUUUCUAGCGGGUUUAGGGGUUUUUUUUUCUAUCUUAUUUGUUAUACAAAUGUUCCAGCUUCUAUCUAUCUAUUACUACUACUACUACUGCUGCUACUACAGGCAAUGGCAAAGAUGAGAAUCGGAAAGGGAAAGAAGGGGGGAAAUCAAAGCCUCGAUUUUACUUGUUUUUUUUUUCCCCUCUCAUAGGCAGGGUUGUGGUGGUGGUGGUGGUGGUGGGCGUCAUCGCGAGAAAAAUUUGAAGGUCUUAAUGGUGGGAUCUUGGGUAGGUAGCGGGGUGGUCGAUGGAUCGAUGUGUAGGUGUGUGUGGAUUGAAUGGGAUGGGAUAGGAUGGGAUGGGAUGGAGAGAGAUGGAGUUGGGAGAUGGGAGAAGGAAGGGAGAUACUUGACGUUACUAGAUUCUUCGAAUGCAAGCUUUAUGUGUGUGUCCCUUG